UUUUGCGUCUUUCGUCUCGCCCGACGGCCUCCACCGCUGCAGAACAAAUACAGUAAACCUUCUUCGGCUGUUUGCCCGCAUUUGCAGCCUGCAAUGGAGGCUUGAGGAGCGGGAGAGGGAAGGGGAAAUAGAAAUCUAGGGUUCCUCCGAUCGGCGCGUCCUAAUCCGGCGCGGCAACGCAGGCCUGUCCAGGUCCAGAAUUUCCGGUGUUUGGGCAGUUUUAGGCUACUAUGGGGAAAUCCCCAGCGAAGUGGAUAAAGUCUGUGCUCCUCGGGAAGAAAUCAGCAAAGUCCAAUUCUAUCAAGAAGGCUGCAAAUGGAAACAGUUACCCUGCUGGGAAGGAGGCUGCAUUCCCUGAUAACUCUCCUGUGAUCUCAGACCCGGUACUUGUUAGCUCUCAUAAUAAUGGAGCGGCGUCCAACUUGACAAAUGGAAGGGCAGUGGAAACUAUGGUUCAAAUUGAGCUUGACAUGCCAGUUAGUCCUGAGAAACUGAGAGAAGAACUAGCGGCAGUGAAGGCCCAAGCAGCUUUCCGAGGUUACCUGGCACGCAGGGCAUUCCGCGCACUAAAAGGUAUCAUAAGACUUCAGGCACUAAUUCGAGGCCAUCUUGUAAGGAGGCAGGCUGUUUCAACUCUUCGUGCAACAUGGUUGAUUGUGAAGUUUCAAGCUCUAGUUCGUGGAAGAAAUGUUAGACUUUCUAGUGCUGACCUGCCAUUUGUGAAGCUUGGCCAACAUAAGUUAGGGAGUGCUAAAUCAUCCGAUGCAUGGAAGGAGAAGCUAUCUUCAAAUGCAUAUGUUCGAAAGCUUUUGUCUGCACCAGUUUUGGCACAAGCUCUUCGUUUUCAGUAUGACGAGAGGGACCCCAAUUCAGCCUACAACUGGUUCGAAAGAUGGACAAUAAGCUGUAUUUGGAAAGCUGUUUCCCUACCAAAAAGAGUUGCUGAUGGGAAACCACAAGGAAGGAAGACCAGUUAUGCUAUGGAAACCAAGUCAGCAAAGUUAAAACGCAAUGUUCGGAAGUCUUCUGCCGCCACUGGCGAGACUCAAACAAACAUGACCCCCGAACCUGAAAAACCAAAACGAAAUCCGAGGAAAUUCUCUAGCUCACCUGCAGACUCGGUGCCAGAUAGCCAGUUAUCUGAACUUGAGAAGGUUAAAAGGAACCUUAAGAAAGCAGCUAACUCCAUGGCUGAAGCCUCUAAGAUAUCUAAUUCCAUGGCUGAAGCUUCAAAAGUACCUAAUCCCAAGGCUCACGCCUCAAAGGUAUCUAAUUCCGUUGCUGAUGUGCCAAAGGUAUCUAAUUCCAUGGUUGAAGCCUCAAAGAUGCCUAGUCUAGUAAAUGGGAUCUCUGACCAUCAAGAUGACCAAUGUGAGAAAGCACUACAGAGUGCAUUUGACGCUUCGUUUCCACCUGAAACUCAAGAUUCUCACAGUGGUAAUCUUUUGGAUAAUUCAAAUGUGGAUACAUUGGUACGAGAUAUAGAACAUGAUCUGGAAACUCCGUUCAGUCCGGCUUUAAUUGGGGAAAAAGUAAAUGAACCCAAUAUUGUUGCUCAAUCAGAUGAAGUCAUGCUACUGCAGAACAUCGCUAACAAAGAUGGGAAGAAAGAACAGACUAGGGACAAGGAAGAACCUCUAUCUAAUGGAAACCUUAGAACUAGCAAGAGGAGGUCUUCAUUCUCCAAUUCAGGAUAUCCGGAAAGCGGAACAAAGACUACUCCAGUUCCAGCAAGGCAGCCAAGCUAUAUGGCUGCAACGGAAUCCUUAAAGGCAAAGUUGCGAGGACCACCCAUAUUAGAUUAUGAUUCACCGGUUGACAAGAAUAGCUUCACCCGCCGCCAGUCUCUCCCGUCUGCUGCAAACAAUAGAGGAAUCAAAGUGGAAUGGAGGCGCUGAAGAGGCUAUGAAACUUCCAUCUGAAGAGUGCAACGUUGCGGUGGAUGAAGUCUGCUGCUGUUUGUGUAUGGUUCUGUUGUUCUGUCUACGUUGUAAAGAUACGUUGGUAUGAUGGUAUCCCAGUGUUGAACUAGCUUCGUGGUGAUCGUUUUCUACCCCGCUAUUUUCUUUGAGUUAUGCAUAGUUCCUUUGUGCCAUGUUCUGUGUAUAGCUACAGUCACCACUCAUUUGGCUCAUCUCUGCUGUGACGAUGAGACGGAAGACUGCUUGCAUUAUGAAUUUACGAGGUGCAAAAUGUGGGUAAAUUACAGU